AUGGCGUUGGGGUUCAAGGAAGGCAGCGGCGCCGAGCUGCACGGCAAGGAGGGCGGCAAUGUGGCACCCGAGGAGGGCCGGGCGGUGUAUCGCUACGCCUCGUCCGAGUCCUUCGCCUACGAGGGCACGCCGCCGCCGGCGCAGCAGAUGAUGAUGGACCGGCAGCCGGUGGUCCUCGGCGCGGACGGCGAGCACGACGAGGGCCGGAUCCCGGCGUCCGUGUUCGAGCGUGACGCGUCGGACCCCAGCAAGGACUGGAGCAUGAUGUCCACCGACUCGGUGUUCGGCCUCCAGGUGGCGCCGUCCUGCGACUUCACCGGCUACUUCCUCGCGCACCCGGAGCUCAUGGACAUCACCACGCCGCCCCGCGACAGCUCCGUCGGCGCCGCCACGCCUACCGCCGCCUCCACGCCGCGGCACUUCGAGAGCAUCCCGGAGCUCGGCGACGCGGCCCCAAGCUACUCCUUCGCCUUCCCCAAAUUGAUGGAGGACAAGGGGUACAGCUCAAAGAAAAAUCAGCAGUCUCGCGAGCAGCCGCUGACGCCAAAAGCGACACCGACAGAGCCACCGACGACGACGGACACGGCGCCGCCGGAGGCAGAGACGAGCAGCAAACCGGAAGCGGCGCCGCAGCAGGAAGCAGCGAAGGGCGGCAUGUUCUCGUGGAUGCCCUGCUGCUCUUAA